CGCUAUUGAGGCAGCAUGCCAAGCUCACCGAAGCUUGCUCUCGCCGACGACGGGUACGUCUUGCGGUGUGUGCCCACGCUCGUACCAGGCCACGGCACGGACCUCCUGGUCGGCUUUGUGUCGCCCAUCCCGCUUCAAGGCCAAGUCUUUGCAAACGAGGUCCAUAUAGUGCUGCUCGAGCCGACUCUCGACGGUGACGCCGGCCGCUACCGCCGGCGCGACGCACCACAUGUCGUGCACAUCUACACGUACGACGCCGAGCUCGACGACGACGAUCGCGCGGGCAGUCGGCUCGAGAUGGCCUUCUUGCCGACGGACCCGACAGCAUUGAUUGCUUGGACAUGGGAUGCGCCGACGCUGUACAAGCUGCGCGUCGACGCUCGCCGCGGCGUGUUCAUCGAAUCCCGCCGCGACCUCGGGUUCCGGCCUGUCCGAAAGGCCAACUUUGGGCUCGGCAUGUACUUCACGCGCGAUGGUCGCUUUGUGCACCUCGUGUCGACGUGUCCGUGGGACGACUACCAGUUUGAUGCGCACUCGCUGCAGCUGCUGCAGCGCACCCGGUCAUGUCCGUGGCCGUACGCGUCGAUCUCGUACGUCGGCUACUCGAACCAAGUGCUCGUCGCAGGCGACGCGAUCGGCGCGCUCGUGGCUCUCGAGCUCAACAGCCGGUCGUUCCUUGGACUGCAGCUCCCGAGCGGCGACCACUUGCACAUUUCACUCGGGGCGACGCAGCUCAGUCUCGUGCCAUACUAUAACAAUGGACGCUUUGCACUGAGUGCGACCGCGCUCCACGAGAAGCGUCGCUACCACGGCGUCUUCCGGGACAUUUGGCACCUUCUCGAGAUCUCGCCGUUGCAGCUGCAGCCGUGGGUGCACCCGGCCGUGCAGUGGCCAACCACCGCCGACGGUGAUUUCAACAACGACGACGACGACGCGGCACUGGCACCGGUGGAGGCCACGCCGACAAUCACGUAUGCUCUAGCGGUCGAUCUCCCGGACGCGCCGUGGGUCGAGGUGACCGCGUCGAGUCCCAGCACGCAUUAUCUGCGCUGCAGCCCGCUGUGCAUCGACGGCGACAUGUACCAGCUGGACAUUGUCCGUCCGCACACGGCCUUGAUUCGUCACCCGCUCUCCAACGCGUGCGUGCAUGUGCUCCAGUACAACGAGUACGACGACAUUGAGAUCCUCCAUGUGCUCAGCCGCGGCAGAGUCCUGUCGUGGACCAGUCGCUUUCUGCUAGCAAGCGCGCCACUGCAACUCGCGACGCCCAUGGUCUAUAAACCCAUUGGUAAUGGCAUCCUUCCGACCGACGAUGCCGUGUUCCAAGCCGCAGCUUUCCACUAUGCCGACGACCGCCUCAUGCACUCGGCAUUCGGCGUGCUCGGGUCGCAUACACUCGGUAUGGUGCUCUCGGCCGGGUACCUUUGCCUCGCUGAUUUGCUGGUGCUGCUGCGCGAGCUGCCGAGCGUGCGCCGGGAGUGCUUUCGACACGCCGAGAUGCGUCGGCGCAUGCUGCGCACGCAUUAUUUAGACUACGUCGAGUCGACGUUUUUAUGGCCUGACGACGCCGCGCACUUCGAGGCCAAGGCGGCGUCGCUGCUCCUCUUCUUGACGACGAUUGACGACGAAGAAGCGUACGAGCUCCUCGCGGCAUCGGCCUAUUUCAAGCUCCGCGGCGAGCGGCGCGACCGGACCCUCGCGCAAGACUACCUCGAGAUGCUACCCCCCAAGACGCGCACGCUGCAUGGCAAGAACGGCGACGUGGUCGUUCUAGAUGCGUCAACCUAGUUGCUGUCGAUACCAGGACACUUGAAUGUACACAGUGUAAAAACAAUAAAGACUACCGAGCGACGAGCUCAUUUUCGUCUCGUAA